GCAAUAACCAUCGUGACUUAAGACUGCGCUUGAGUGAUUGCAUUGACCAGUCCCACGUACUGCGUUUCGUUCCAGUGAACGAUUCACACAUACUUGUAUCCGGUCCCUUGUUCUUUCAUUCUUACUGUUUCUCUUUCUUGCUUAUUUUUGUCCUUCAUUUUUCUGCCACUAUGAGUUACGGAGGACAGAGGGUCUGCCAUCACUGUAGGCAACCCGGUCAUUUCAUUAGGGAUUGCCAGCUUCGGCAAAUCCCGAAUCUCGCUGCUCUCUUAAUUGGCAAUGGAGGAGAAGGAGGGGCGAACACACCACAGGAUAAUGACGGGUUACUUCCUGCUCCGAAUGCUCUGGUGCCGUACAAGCCACCGCAAGCCAACGGAGAGCAGAACGAUGGAGGCCGGUAUAAUCAGGGUGCUAACCACGGGUAUAGAGGUCAGCAUGGUCAAGGGUACGGCAAUAACCAGGCACAUGGGAAUAACUUCUACAGAGGUGGUUAUCAGCAGAGGCCAAGGAACAAUUGGUGGGGAGAGAAUAGAGAGAGAGAGACGGAUGAUAGAUUGGAGAAGGUGUGGGGAUGGUACUCGGAGGAGAUGGAAGCCAAGGAUAAAGAGAGGCGUGCUAAGGAGGAGAAAUUGAAGGAGGAAGAAGAGAAGAAGAGAAUUCAAGCUAUAGAAGAUGAGCGUGCUAAGGCGAAAAGAGAGCGUGAGGAGUUUGAGCAGUCAAUCGGCAAGAUGGUCAGAGAGAGUAUGAAGGAAGUUUGCGGCGCGGUCAUCGGGAAAAAGGCGACUACGAGUCAAGUCUUUACAACAACCAUCGAUGUUGUCGACAAAAGUGAUGAGGUUAGGCAGGUGGAUGAACAACGGAAGCAACAACAGGAACACUGGCGGCGGGAAGAUUCCGCAGCGAGAGAACAAAUGGAGAAACAGAGGAGGGAUGAGUUGGAAAAACUCAGGCAAGAGAAUGGGGAUCUCGUACGAAUAGCCUUGGGGAGAGCUAGUCGGGAGCUGGAUUCUAUCAAAGCCGACAAUGAAGCGCUGGUCCAUGAUUUCUUGGCUCUCAAGAGUGAGGUUGAAAUCCUUAAGUGGAGUAACAAACGCACCUCGGAAGCAGUCACGGAGAAAAGUCCUCCUACCGAGCCUGCUAAGGGAAAAUCGCGGCAGCAAGAGGGUUCACAAACUCCGGCUGAUUGGGCGAAGCUCGCGGAGGCAUAUCGGAAGAUUGGCGACGAGAAAGAUAUGGCCGAGCGGGAGGUCUCGACACUUAAGGAGAGGAUCAACAGGAUCAAGAUUGUGAUUCCUUCUAGCAUCAAACGGAAGGUAUCGCUCCGACGAAGGAGCCCCAAGUUUGGGAACAGUCCCGGAUCUAAGAAUGGCGAUCAAGUCAGAAUCACCUUCGUAAGGAAGGUAGGCGACGAGGAUGCUUUCUACAAGAGAGUGUGCAGUGAUCUCGGCAAGCUCCGGAAAGGACAACUCGAGAAACUGUGUACGAAAGAAGAGAUUGACUAUGUCGGCGUUAAGUAGACCGCGGCUGAUCUGGCGGACAUUUACACGACCAGAGCUUUUGAUUGUCCAACCAAUC